GAAUUCAUCGGCAGACAGACAGCUUGCUCAAAUCAUUAAUUUGGAUCUCAAAAUGGCUGACUCAGAUAUCAAAGUUAAAGAAUUGGAAAAGCGUGCUUCAGGCCAAGCAUUUGAGCUUAUUCUGAGUCCUCCAUCAACUGAUGCAGCUCCUGAUCUUUCAAUAUCUUCUCCAAAGAAAAAGGAAUGCUCAUUGGAAGAAAUUCAGAAGAAGUUGGAGGCUGCAAAGGAGAGAAGGAAGCUACAUGAGGCAGAGAUUCUGAAACAACUUGCUGAAAAGCGUGAGCAUGAGAGAGAAGUUCUACAAAAAGCAAUUGAAGAGAAUAAUAACUUCAGCAAAAUGGCAGAAGAAAAGCUAACUUCAAAAAUGGAAACUAAUAAAGAGAAAAGAGAAGCUCAAAUGGCUGCCAAACUGGAGAGAUUGCAAGAGAAGGAUAAGAAAGUGGAAGAAAUUCGAAGGGGAAAAGAGUCCAAAGAUGUUUGUGAAAACUGAGUCAUUUUGUGUCAAUUGACCACAGCAUUGCAAGGCUAAUAAUG